CCGGCAAAAGACAUGCUCUUCUCUCUUCUUCUCCUUCCAGAAAAUAUAACCUCGAGACCUCAUCUGCUCUCAUGUCGGCUUGCAUCUACGCGUCCAGAACUGGAGAAACCCAGCUUUCUUGCGAUCCAAAGAGGUCUCAAGACGAUGAUUCAAGGUUCUGUUACUUGAAUUUCUUCCGACCCAAUUUCUCCGAUCGGAUUUCGAACGGGAACCAGACGAAAACCCUCCUCCCGCGCCCGCUCGUCGGCGAUCUCGAUCGAGACGCCGAAAUCGACGAUGUCUGGACCAAGAUACGAGAAGAAGCGAAAUCCGACGUCGAGCGUGAACCCAUUUUGUCGAGCUACUACUACACUUCGAUUCUUUGUCAUCGAUCUUUGGAGACCGCGUUGGCGAACACCCUCUCGAUUAAGCUCAGCAAUUCGAGUUUACCCAGCAACACGCUCUUCGAUCUGUUCGUCGGCGUUCUUGAAGAAGACCCAGAAAUCGUAGAAUCCGUGAAGCGCGAUCUUUUAGCGGUCAAGGAACGAGACCCGGCUUGCAUAAGCUACGUCCAUUCCUUCCUUAACUUCAAGGGCUUCCUCGCAUGUCAAGCGCAUCGAAUCGCUCACAGUCUCUGGUCUCAGGACCGGAAAAUCUUGUCUUUGCUUAUCCAGAACAGAGUGUCGGAAUCUUUCGCCGUCGACUUCCACCCGGGCGCGAAGAUCGGACACGGGAUUUUACUCGACCACGCGACGGCCGUAGUGAUCGGAGAGACUGCGGUUGUGGGGAACAACGUCUCGAUUCUCCACAACGUGACGCUUGGAGGAACAGGAAAACAGAGCGGCGAUCGUCAUCCGAAGAUCGGAGACGGGGUUUUGAUCGGAGCGGGGACUUGUAUUCUGGGGAACAUCAAGAUCGGAGACGGAGCCAAGAUUGGCGCUGGGUCGGUGGUACUCAAGGACGUGCCGCCGAGGACGACGGCGGUCGGAAAUCCGGCGAGAUUGAUCGGUGGGAAGGAGAACCCGGUGAAGCUCGACAAGAUUCCGGGUUUGACCAUGGACCAGACAUCUCAUAUAUCGGUGUGGUCUGAUUAUGUAAUAUAAAAAAAUAAAGUUGUCGUUUUUUUUUUGUUAAGGUAAAGUUGUCGUUUUUCUUCUCCUACUCAAUCUAUGGAACAUAACAUGCAGAGGACAUUUCAUAA